AUGGAGUCGGACGGUAGGCUGAAAGCCUACAAAUUUGUGGCCUAUGCCGCAGUCACUUUUUCGAUUGUCGCUGUUGCUUCAGUCGUUUUGACUUUGCCAAUGGUUUACAAUUAUGUGUCACAUGUUCGACAACAAAUGCACCACGAGAUCUCUUUCUGCAAGGUUCGUUUUAUUCCUUUUUUGUUUCUAAACAACCUAUUUUUCGAUUUUCUCAUUCAAUUUUGAUUUUCCUCUUUCAUCAAUCUAUUUUUCUAGGGAUCCGCUAAGGACAUCUUCACUGAAGUCAACUUCAUGAAGGCCAACGCUGGACCAGUUCCACCACGUAACCGUACCGCCCGUCAAGCUUACGGAGGACCAGAAGUCAACCCAGCACCAAAUCUUCAAUGCGAAGGAUGUUGCUUGCCAGGACCACCAGGACCAGCUGGAGCCCCAGGAAAGCCAGGAAAGCCAGGACGUCCAGGAGCACCAGGAACCCCAGGAACCCCAGGAAAACCACCAGUUGCCCCUUGCGAGCCAACCACUCCACCUCCAUGCAAACCAUGCCCACAAGGACCACCCGGACCACCAGGACCACCAGGAGCCCCAGGAGAUCCGGGAGAGGCUGGAACUCCAGGAAGACCAGGAACUGACGCCGCCCCAGGAUCACCAGGUCCACGUGGACCACCAGGACCAGCUGGAGAGCCAGGAGCACCAGGACCAGCCGGAGAACCAGGAACCCCAGCCAUCUCUGAACCACUCACCCCAGGAGCUCCAGGAGAACCAGGAGAUGCCGGACCACCAGGACCACCUGGACCACCAGGAGCACCAGGAAACGACGGACCACCAGGACCAGCUGGACCAAAGGGAGCCCCAGGACCAGACGGACCACCAGGAGUUGACGGACAAUCUGGACCACCAGGACCACCAGGACCAGCUGGAACUCCAGGAGAGAAGGGAAUCUGUCCAAAGUGAGUUUAACAAAUAACAUUUGCCUUGAACUUGUAAAAUAAUUCAUUUUUUUUCAGAUACUGCGCUUUGGACGGAGGAGUUUUCUUCGAAGACGGAACACGUCGUUAA